AGAGAGUUUACAAGGAGAUGUGAACAAGCAGUAGAGACCUUUUCAACUCAUCUGCAAGUUGACAGGAUCUUGAUCAUUUACAUGCAGACAAACAAUCAUAUUUUAGUAUAAAUAGAAUUGUGAUGUGUUGCGAGAUCAUAAGGACAUAAGAUUAGUCCUGGAGUGAAAACAAUAGGUAUGGCGAGGAAAAGAAAGGUUGGAGAAGCGGUGAGUGAGAGAAGUUCUGAGGAAGGGAAUGGUGGUUGGGAUGAUAUGGUGAAGGAAUCAGGUUGUGUUUCUGAGGUAGAUGUAGGUGGAGUGCGACGAGCUAGGAAGAGGUUUGUUGGGGUUCGUCAGAGGCCUUCGGGUAGAUGGGUUGCUGAGAUCAAGGAUACUAUACAGAAGAUUAGAGUAUGGCUGGGUACUUUUGACACAGCUGAAGAAGCAGCAAGAGCCUAUGAUGAGGCUGCUUGCUUGCUUCGUGGAGCCAAUACGCGUACUAAUUUCUGGCCUUCUCCCAAUUCUUCGUCUUCAGCUCCUGCUCUGCCUACGAAGAUUACUAAUCUUCUGCUGCAUAGGCUCAAGGCCAGGAACAACUCUUUGGCUGCAGCUUCUUCUACUUGUUCUCCUGCCAUGACUUAUGUGGAGAAGGAGCAAGAAGAAUGUCGUGAUGAACUGCAGGAAUUUUCUGACUCCCAGUUCACUGAUUUUCUUAAUGACACUGAAGAUUAUGUUCCCCUUCAAGAAAUGUUCACCAGUGCCAGUUCAGAUACUAGUGAGCAUUACAGUACUACCAACAGUACUUUUGAGCCGUCCUGUGAUGAAAAGGGUAAUAUGAUUCAGGUGAAUGGACUCGAUGUGGACUACAACUGUGGCGACUUGGCUGAUCAGUCUUCUGGUAGCCAGUGCUCAAGUGAUGUGACGAAUGAUGAAGGGAAAGUCGAAGAAGAGGGAGAAGAGGACACUAGUGCUAUGGAUUUGCACUUUGUGGAUGAACUUGAAUCAGCUUUUUCUUGUCCUUUUGAAAUUGCUGAGGAAAUAGCUGAGCAAGGAACUUAUGAGGGCGAGCCAAUGAUGAUUAGCGAGGCCAUGGAGAGGAUGAAAUACGAGAGGAAGUUCUCUGCUUCUUUGUAUGCAUUUAAUGGUGUGAAUGAAUGUUUGAAGCUGAAACUUCGAUCAGCAAAUGCCACUCAGAAAGCGUAUCCUGAUCAGCUGUCCAAGCUGAAGAAUGCGUGUUACAAUUACCAGAAUAAACAGAAGGAAGAAGAAGAAGAACAAGAAUGUGAGGUAGUGGCGGAGACGAAACAAGACCAGGAAGUAGAAAUCUGCAACAAUGAGGGUGAAUCAUCACUCUGGAACUCUCUUGAUCUUGAACCCAUUUGCUAUGUUAAUUAGCUGCUAGAUUUUCUUAAGCUUAUCUAAUUCCAGGAGCUAACCGAUCCGCGAAAUAGUAGCACUGUUAUCUCUUCUUUUUUCUCCAAGUUGGAGUUCUCAAUGAAGCAGGCUCCCCCAAUCUGGUGUGGUUUAAAAUUCA